UGUCACAAUACUAAAUAAGUCUUUCUAACCAAUUUUCAGAUUUCAGAGUUCAAAACGUGAUCCUGAACUAUGUCAACACUUUCCACUGAGACAGUCUCCAAUAGUAGUAAUUCAAUGACCUCCACCUUCCUCCUUGUGGGCAUGCCUGGCCCAUCAACGGCACCAUCCUGGUGGACGUUACCUCUCAUUACUGUCUACCUUCUCUCUGCCCUGGGCAAUGGCACUAUCCUCUGGAUCAUUGCCCUGGAGCCCACGCUGCAUCGCCCUAUGUACUUCUUUCUCUUCCUGCUUAGUGUGUCUGAUGUUGGCUUGGCAACAGCCCUGAUGCCCACCCUGCUGGGGCUGGCCUUUGCUGGUGCUCAUGCUAUCCCUGCCUCAGCCUGCCUCCUACAAAUGUUCUUUGUCCAUGUCUUUUCUGUCAUGGAGUCCUCUGUCUUACUGGCCAUGGCCUUUGAUCGGGCACUUGCCAUCUGUCGCCCUCUCCACUACCCAUCACUACUCACCAAUGGUGUCAUUAACAAGAUUUGUCUGGUCAUUGCUUUCCGAUGCCUGGGUCUCCAUCUGCCUCUGCCAUUCCUCCUGGCCCACAUGCCCUACUGCCACCCACAGGUUCUGACCCAUUCUUACUGCUUGCACCCAGAUAUGGCUAGUCUGGCCUGUCCAGGAGCAUGGGGUUCUGUCUACAGCCUAGUUGUGGUCCUGUCAGCCAUGGCAUUAGACCCCCUGCUUAUUUUUUUCUCCUAUGGCCUGAUUGUCAAGGUGUUGCAAGGUGUGGGGUCCAGUGAGGAUCGCUGGAAGGUUGGUCAAACCUGUGCUGCCCAUCUGUCUGCUGUGCUCCUCUUCUACAUACCUAUGAUUCUCCUGGCACUCAUUGACCAGCUCAAGGUACUACUCCCUCAGACUGCCCACACUCUUCUCUCCUAUGUCCACUUCCUUCUUCCUCCUCUGUUAAACCCUAUUCUCUAUAGUGUCAAGAUGAAGGAGAUUAGAGAAAGAAUAUAUAAGAGGAUGCAGUCCAGGAGGGUGGGUUGUGCUCAGUGAAUGGGAUGUCCCUCUAUGUUUGGUGGUAGAG